AUGAAGUUUUUAUUUAUGCUCGGAUGCAUAUUUCGAAUUGAAAAUGUUUAUUUUGAUGAUGAAAUCGAUAUGGGGGUAGUCAAACUCGUAUUAUCAUCAACACAAGACGAUCAUGAUUUUAAAAAAUUAUUUGACCAUUUAAAACGCGAAAUAGGCAAUGAAACAAAUUUUUAUUCCUUAGCAAUAAUAUUACGAAAAAUGGGUGAAUUUCAUCAUGCAGAAGAAUGUUUAAAACAACAACUGUUACACAGUUCAUCAUCAUCCAACGAUUCCUAUCGAUGUUAUCAUGCUUUAGAUAAUAUUUACCAAGACCGUGGUAAUUUCGAACAAGCACUUAUCUAUCACAAAUAUUCACUUGAAUUAAAAUUAAUAUUAUCAAGCAAAGACUAUGUUGACAUUGGAAAUAGUUAUAAUAGUAUUGGUGCUGACUACGAGAAAAAAGGUGAUCUAUCAUUAGCACUUCGCAGCUAUGAAAAAGCAAGAGUAAUAUGGCUAAAGUGUUAUAAGGAUAAACACGAACGAAUGGCAAUGAUUUAUAAUAACUUAGGAAUUAUUCAUCGCAAAAUGAACAUGUAUUCUCAGGCUUUAGAAAAUCACACAAAAGCAUUAGACAUUCGCCAAGCAGUUUUACCAGAUAAUCAUCCAGAUAUAGCAUCGUCGUAUGUAAAUUUAGCGAUGGUCUACAUGAAAAUGAAUGAUUUAGAUCAAGCUUUAGAUCAUUUUCAAAUUGCAUUGGAUAUACAGCAAAAAUCUUUAUCAUCGAAUCAUAAAUCGCUGGCGUUAACUUUGUACGAUAUCGGAAGUGUUUACGAAAUAAAAACAAAAAUUUCAAUUGGCUCUCGGUUAUUAUUUGAAAGUCAUUAA